AGCGUCAGGUCUCGCUUGUAAGUUUGAGUGGCUUGGUUACCGCGCGAUCCACGCUGAGACAAAGAAGUUGGAGAGAUCGAACAGGCAUCUAGAAGACCAGGGUUCCGCGGACUCACUACUCCUCGUUCAUUUUCUCCAAUGGCGCAUGUCUUUGAGAAGUAGACCUAACCACUCUAAGAAUUACUCUGCAGUCCACAAGUUGCAGAGUCUGAAUUAUGUCCCAUGGCAGCGGUCCAAGCAGAAAACCAAGACAUUUACUUUGCCUCCAGUGCGACCAGCUGGCAGCCACUCUAAAAGCAAAAUGAAGACUGUGAUGAAGGCCCAGCCAGCCUCGCAUUCCAAGUCCACCACAUUGGUGACAAGUCAGCCAAAGCAUCUACAAGAACCACAGAGAAAGGAGAAGUCGAACCCAGGGAAGAUGCAGGCCAAAGUCCGCUUACUGAGGAGCAUGGUGUUACCACUGCACCACCGUCUAGCCCUCAAAUUCUACUCUGUAUCAGCAUCACCUGGGAGUCGGAUGUGUGAGAACUGGAGACUUUUGGUACCAACACCAGCAAUGUGGGCUCUGUGGAUCUGGGACUUGAAGCUUGGCAUUUCCCACAAGAUGAUGCUCAAGAACCGGCGGGCCACGCUCCAGGAGCUCCACCAGCACGAGCACUUCCUCACCACGCUCAAUCAGGAGCUGAUCAGCGCCAUUCAGGACAUGGAAGACAGCUCCGCCGUGAACGUGCGGGCAAUGCUGCAGCAGCAGGACAUCCUGUCGACCAUCAUCGACAUCUUGGAGUACUCGAAUAAGAAGAGGCUGCAGCAGUUGCAGUCUGAGCUUCAGGAGUGGGAAGAGAAGGAGGAAAGCAAGAUGAGCCGCCUGGAGCAGCAGGUGGAGCAGCUGAAUGCUACAAUCAAGAAGACCCACGAGGAGGUGAGCUUCCUGAGCACGUACAUGGACCACGAGUAUCCUGUCAAGUCGGUCCAGAUCGCCAACCUUGGGCGUCAGCUGCAGCAGCUUAAGGACAGCCAGCAGGAUGAGUUAGAUGAGCUUAGUGAGAUGCGCAAAAAGGUCCUGGAGUCUUUGUGUGACAAGAUGCAGAAGAAGAAAAAGAAGAUCCUGAAGUUUCUGGUGGUGAAAACCCAGCAGCCCCAUGAGGAGGCUCUUGUGCAGAAGUCCCGGGACAGUGAGGACAUGCGGAGAUGCGUGAAGAGGUUCAGAGAGUUUAUUGGUCAGUUUGAGGAGGAAAUGCCCAUUUUAAAGGCUGAGGUGGAGGAGCUCCAAGCCCAGAUGCAGGAGCCUCGAGAGAUCAUAUUUCAGGAUGUUCUGCUUCGGAGACCCAAGUGCACCCCAGACAUGGACGUCAUCCUCAACAUCCCUGUGGAGGAGCAGCUGCCCUUCUAGGAGGUGUUGCCGUGGCCACUCCUCCCUGUUCUCUUCCCAGCACUGGGAGCCCUGAAUUCUUUACUUCCGAGACUGUGUCUCCAUUCAGACUCCAAUCUGCAGCCCUUCUCCCUUCUUCCCACUCUUCCCAUCUAUAGUUUCUCUCUCUUUCUCUCUCUCUCUCUGGUAGGUGCUGCUGCUUGGGCCAGGUGAGAAUUCAUUUUAAC